UUAUUAUUUUUAUCAAAAUUAGUCGGGCUCGGAGUUCUCAAUCACACAUGGUUGUCAGAAAACUGAGAAAGUCAAAGACUGAAAUAGUUGAAAGACAUUUGAGACUUUUAUGAAAAAUUGACAUUUAAUAGCGAUGUCUUACUGUCGGGAGGAAGGUAAUGAUGGGAAGGACCGAAUUGUUUUUGUCACCAAGGAAGAGAUAACGGCCCCCAGUGAAGCCAUUAUAGCCUUGGAUGAGGAAGAGAUCCAUGAUGGGCCCAUUGGAUUUGUGCAACCAAAUGGAGAGCUGAAUUUUGGCUGCCCCUGUGUAGGGGGUCUACACGCAGGGCCCUGUGGGUAUGAGAUGAGGGAGUUCCUCUCCUGUAACUUUUACAACUCAAAGGACAACAACGACCCAAGGGGUCAAAACUGUGAUGACAAGCUUGAAACGAUGAUGACCUGUAUUCAGAAACAUGCUGACUACUACAAGGAGAAGAUGUCAGGUGACCCAGAAGAUGAGGAGGAGGAUCCGUUUGCCAUCAAUGAAAAUGAAGAUGAUGAUGAAGUGUCAUCGUCCCAUAUUGAUGUGACCAGCAGCAUUGUAAAAGACAAGGAGAAAGCAUCAGAAGCUGGUACCACGUCAUGAUUUCAUAUGUAUGAAGAAUUAGUUAAAGUGUCAGCGAUCUUUCCAUGUGUGCUAUUGUUGCGAGUGCUUGUGAUUGUGAAAGUGAAAUAGAAAACAUUUACAUUUUCUGUUGUCUGUAAACCCUAUAUACAUUUCAUGGCACUGAUCUGUAAAUCAUGUUUAACUCACCAAAUGAUUUUAAUGUCAUUUUGCGGUGCAUUUACCUGUGAUGUACUUCUAAGUGAAUUAGUAAAAAAAAAAUUAUCCUUUUUAGGUCACUUUAUUUAUUGCAAUACACCAGUUUCGAGAUACAAACUCUUCUGUGUAGGAGGUGCAUUUAGUGGGACUUUGAAUGUCUAAGUGAGACAGAGUGAACCUAUAGUCAGUGAGGAAAACGAUAAAAUGUAUUAAAAUCAGCUUCUCUUUAAAUAAGUAAAUAUGAGAGAUACAAAAUAAUAUCGAAAGAAAUGUCCUACUAAAGUGGAAACAUAAAAAAUGUCAUAUUUGCAAGUAAUAUCCUAGAUAUGGUACUUAUGAUCAUCGAAAUAACAUGAUAUAUUAAGAAUUCCAUGUAUUUAAUUACUACCUGAAUACUAUUAUCACUUAGUUUAGGAAUCAGUCAAAUUCAGGUGAUCAAACAGCUUAUGAAAAUCUUACUGAGUACAUUCACUUAAGCAGUGAUGAAUAUUUGUCCCACUCCCGCAUGUAAACAAAUUGUUUCGCGCCUUACUAUAUACGAGAGAUCUCCAAAGGGAUAUAACUUGGAUGUAUCUCGAAACCGGCGUAUUGGUCUGCAUCCAUUGAUGUGUGUUAACAAUUGAACAUUUCUAAUUUCUUCUUGAUAACUACACUUUCAAUUCUUUUCAAAUUUGGUAUGAAAUAUAUUUGGGACAAGGGGGGUGUAAAUUGUAAAUUUUAAGACUCCUGCACCCCUGGGGCCACAGGGACAGAGCAGAAAUUUACCAAUUUUCAAAAAUCUUCUCUACAAUCUCACAUGUGUAAGAAAAACUAAAUUCAUAGCAAUGUAGAGCAGGAAGUCCUCUACCAAAAUCGUAAUUUUCAUGAUCCCCGGGGUACAAGUUCUUACUCCAGGGCGGGUCCAAACUUAGUAUAUAGUAUUUAUGUGUUAAACAUUUAAAAACCAUCUUUAAUGCUAUUGAUACUAUAUUGAAAGGAAAUAGAUAUUUAGAAUGAACUGGUAGCCUUUACUAAAAUUGUAAAUUUGAUGAUCCCAGAGGUAGGGGGUAUUGGUAUUAGAGUGGGACCAAAAUGGAAAGUGAUUAAAUGUGUUAACAAUUGAACAUUUUUAACUCCUUCUUGUUAACUGCCAUUCCAAUUCUUUUCAAAUUUGGUAUGAAGCAUCUUUGGGACAAGGGGGACAUAAAUUGUAAAUUUCAGGACUCCUGCACCCCCUAUACCUUAGGGUUGAGGCAAAAAUUUACCAAUUUUCAAAAAUCAUCUCUACAACUGCAGGAAGGGCCCUACCAGAAUUGUAAAUUUCAUGAUCCACAGGGUAGAGGUUCUGACUCUAGAGCAGGGCCAAACUUGGUAUAUAUAGUGUAUAUGUGUAAAACAUUUAAAUAUAUCUUGUUUAAUGCAAUUGAUACCAGAUUGAAGCUAAAUAGAUAUUUAGAAAAUUA